CCUGCCCAGGACCUGGAGGAGUACGUCGUGCCGGCGGGGCACGCCGGCGCCGCGCGCGCGGCGGGGAUCUUCCGGCGGUGCGGCUUCGUCGUCCUCCGCGGGGCGCUGGACGGCGGGCAGGUCCAGAGGCUGGGCGCCGCCUGCGCGCGGGAGGCCGCGGAGCUCCUCAGGCACGACCCGCUGCGCCUCGGCAAUCGCGGGCAGGGCCGGUAUUCGCUGGGGGCCGCGCAGGUCGGCUGCAUGCAGGGGUGGCCUCUCGUCGGGGUCACUUUUGCCCUGGGCCACUCCUGCGUGAAGCCGAGCAGAGAACGGGCCACCUCCUGCACGCAGAGGAGUGGGCGCUACUGGCCGACCAUGAGGCCGUCGUGCCCGUGCUGGACCAUGUGUUCGGGGAGGGAAACUACGUGUGCGCUGGGGCCGGCGGCGACUUUGUGAUCGAGGGCGUGGAGGGCUACCAGGACUUGCACAGGGACCUCAACGCACCUGGCAGCCACGACAGACCUGAGCCUCCCGUGGUCACCGUGAACUUCACCGUCGGCCCCCUGACAUGGGAGAACGGGCCCAUGCGCAUCAUCCCUGGCACGCACCGCCUCCCGCCGGGGAGGUUCUCGCCGCCGCCCGACCGCGAGGAGAACGAAGACUGGAAGCUCCUCACUCUCUCCCCCCUGCCGGCCGGCUGCGCCAUCGUGCGGGACAACCGCACCUGGCACGCCGGCACGCCGAACCUGUCCGCCCGGCCGCGCUUCCUGCCCAACCUCGAAUACGCCGCGCGCUGGUGGUGCCGCGGGGCGACCUCGGAGCACUGGCGCUGCGAGUGGCUCCUGGCGCCGAGGCGCCUCGUCGCAGGCAGCCGCCUGCGCCGCGCCCGCCGCGCCUCUGCCGUCCGCGCCGCGCCCGCCGCGCAGGAGGCACGCCUCGGCGGGCGGUGCCGUGCCGAGGCCAGCUUCGGGGUCAACGGGCAGCCGUGCGACCCGUCGGUUCCGGGCGGCACGGCGAUGCAGGGCUGCGACUACGUCGACGUGAGCCUGGUCGAUGGUUGGACGCUGCCCUUCAAGCUCCAGAUCGACGGCGGGGAGUGCAAGGCCACCUCGGACGGGGUGGACACCAAGGUGGAGAGCAUCGACUGCUCCGAGCUUCUCUUCGAGGACUGCCCAAAGUCGGAGGACCUGAGUGCCGCGGGCUUCACCGCAGACCUGCGGGCGAUCAACCCGCGGACCGGCAAGAUGGCCGGGUGCUACUCGCCAUGCAUGCUGCUCCAGGACGAGAAGUGGAACAACAGCCGUCCGCACGACUUCGUGAGCAGCGACGAGCACGUGGCCCCGUACUGCUGCCCCACCCCGCCGGAGACGCCCGAGGCGUGCCGCGCGGGGCCGAUCACGGGCACGCGCUUCAUCCAGACCGUGCACAAGAAGUGCCCCGGCGUGUACG